GUCCUCUUCAGCUGUCAUUGUAGAUUCUGCUUGGUUGGAAAAAAUAGACAAAAACAGUAUGUCCGGAUACACACCGGAUCAAAAACUGCGCUUUGAGCAGUUAGUAAAGCUCCGCCGGCAGUGGCUGAAAGACCAGGAGCUCAGUCCUCGAGAGCCCGUCGUUGCACCUUCAACACCCGGCCGCAUAGAGCGAUUCUGGACCCGAUUCCUGGAGCCCAAAACACUAUGGAGACUUUACACAUAUAAAGCCUAUUUCGCCGGUGUUACAACCCUCAAGGUGGUUCUGCUCCCAGCCUGGGUCCUGCAUUACUAUCUGAAAUACCACGUCUCUGAAACACCAUUUGCAAUAAGCGCUCAAAAACCCAAACUGUUUCCUGGAGACGUCAUUUUGGAAACAGGAGAGGUUGUCCCAGAUUUUCCCGAAGACAGUCAUGGUCAUCAUUAAUGAUACCUGAUUAAAUUCAGUUUCAAUAUGCCUGUGUGCAUGUUUUUGUGUAUACUAUGUCAAUAAAGUUUAUUAUACUUUA